AUGUCCCAAAAUCUCUACCUGGCUUCAUUGCCCCAGCAACCAGCUGAAAUAUUCUCCCCGCUCUUUUUACCCACUUUUGAAAGAGAAACACUCUCAGGAUUCACAGGUCUGUUGAUAUCCAGCAGAUUGAGUCCAACAGGACAUCAGAGGAGCCCUGCCAGGCCCGAGGGGACAUUGCCAGGCCCGAGGGGCAAGGCCAGGCCCGAGGGGCAAGGCCAGGCCCGAGGGGCACUGCCAGGCCCGAGGGGCAAGGCCAGGCCCGAGGGGACAUUGCCAGGCCCGAGGGGCAAGGCCAGGCCCGAGGGGACAUUGCCAGGCCCGAGGGGCAAGGCCAGGCCCGAGGGGACAUUGCCAGGCCCGAGGGGCAAGGCCAGGCCCGAGGGGACAUUGCCAGGCCCGAGGGGCAAGGCCAGGCCCGAGGGGACAUUGCCAGGCCCGAGGGGCAAGGCCAGGCCCGAGGGGCAAGGCCAGGCCCGAGGGGACAUUGCCAGGCCCGAGGGGCAAGGCCAGGCCCGAGGGACAUUGCCAGGCCCGAGGGGCAAGGCCAGGCCCGAGGGGCAAGGCCAGGCCCGAGGGGACAUUGCCAGGCCCGAGGGGCAAGGCCAGGCCCGAGGGGACAUUGCCAGGCCCGAGGGGCAAGGCCAGGCCCGAGGAGCCCUGCCAGGCCCGAGGGGCACUGCCAGGCCUGGGGGGGGCACUGCCAGGCCCGAGGGGAGACAGCCAGGCCCGGGGGGCAAGGCCAGGCCCGAGGGGCACAGCCAGGCCCGAGGAGAACGGCCAGGCCCGAGGGACACUGACAGGCCCGAGGGGAGACAGCCAGGCCCGAGGGGCACUGCCAGGCCCAAGGGGCACUGCCAGGCCCGAGGGGAGACAGCCAGGCCCGAGGGGAGACAGCCAGGCCCGAGGGGAGACAGCCAGGCCCGAGGGGCACUGCCAGGCCCGAGGGGAGACAGCCAGGCCCGAGGGGAGACAGCCAGGCCCGAGGGGCACUGCCAGGCCCGAGGGGAGACAGCCAGGCCUGAGGGGAGACAUCCAGGCCCGAGGGGAGACAGCCAGGCCCGAGGGGCACUGCCAGGCCCGAGGGGAGACAGCCAGGCCCGAGGGGAGACAGCCAGGCCCGAGGGGAGACAGCCAGGCCCGAGGGGCACUGCCAGGCCCGAGGGGAGACAGCCAGGCCCGAGGGGAGACAGCCAGGCCCGAGGGGCACUGCCAGGCCCGAGGGGAGACAGCCAGGCCCGAGGGGAGUCAGCCAGGCCCGAGGGGAGUCAGCCAGGCCCGAGGGGCACUGCCAGGCCCGAGGGGAGACAGCCAGGCCCGAGGGGCACUGCCAGGCCCGAGGGGAGAAGCCAGGCCCGAGGGGCACUGCCAGGCCCGAGGGGCACUGCCAGGCCCGAGGGGAGACAGCCAGGCCCGAGGGGCACUGCCAGGCCCGAGGGGAGACAGCCAGGCCCGAGGGGAGACAGCCAGGCCCGAGGGGCACUGCCAGGCCCGAGGGGAGACAGCCAGGCCCGAGGGGCACUGCCAGGCCCGAGGGGAGACAGCCAGGCCCGAGGGGAGACAGCCAGGCCCGAGGGGAGACUGCCAGGCCCGAGGGGAGACAGCCAGGCCCGAGGGGCACUGCCAGGCCCGAGGGGAGACAGCCAGGCCCGAGGGGAGUCAGCCAGGCCCGAGGGGCACUUCCAGGCCCGAGGGGAGACAGCCAGGCCCGAGGGGCACUGCCAGGCCCAAGGGGCACUGCCAGGCCCGAGGGACACUGCCAGGCCCGAGGGGAGACAGCCAGGCCCGAGGGGCACUGCCAAGCCCGAGGGGAGACAGCCAGGCCCAAGGGGAGACAGACAGGCCCGAGGGGCACUGCCAGGCCCGAGGGGAGACAGCCAGGCCCGAGGGGCACUGCCAGGCCCGAGGGGAGACAGCCAGGCCCAAGGGGAGACAGCCAGGCCCGAGGGGCACUGCCAGGCCCGAGGGGCACUGCCAGGCCCGAGGGGAGACAGCCAGGCCCGAGGGGCACUGCCAGGCCCGAGGGGAGACAGCCAGGCCCGAGGGGCACUGCCAGGCCCGAGGGGGCACCAGGAGAUUGGCUGA